AUUAAUUUAUUUUUCUUUAAUUUUUGUAGAGUGCUUUAAAAGGUAGAUUUUUAAUUUGGGUGAUAAUUUUAAUAUCCGGUUUCUUCUCUCCAAAAAUAUCUACUCCAUCUCUUAUUAAUUACUACCAAUUUUUUGAUUCCUUUUCUACUAUUUUUGGAAUUUAUAAUUUGGUAUCUGAAAUUAAAGCCUGGGAAUAUUUUGCCUGGAAUAAAGAAUGAUUGAGCUUCUGAAGGUGUUGAGAUUUCGUUCAUCACAAUAAUUAAGAUGCUGCCGUUAAGUUUUGUUGGAGCUCCAUUGGAGAUGACAAAACGCCGCUGGAAGGAAUUAAUGCAGACUUUGUAUGAGAAUCACUUUGAUCCAACAAAGGAUGAAGAGCUGAAAAAGUCUAAAAUAGAUAUAGAAAAUAAACUGCCGAAGAUCAUAAAACUUGUAAAAGAGAGACGUCAGAACAGGAGAAACAGGAAUGUAGAAGCAAACUUGAGAAAAGAAUCUGAACUUAUUGAGCUGAUUGAAGAUUUCCACAAACAGUAUCAGUUUGUUUAUGGCCAGUAUGAUAAUCUCAAAGGACAGCUAUCUCAAACCGUAAAUGGGGUAAAAGAAGAUGAGGGUUACUUUACAGCCACCUCUAGUUCAGACUCAGAGGCCGAGUUAGAGAAAGUUGUAAGCAGUCUAAGCACAGAUGAUCAUACUCAUCUGAACCAAGAAAAGGAGUCUUUUAACUCAGAAUUAUAUGUAGAAGCAAUAAAUAAAGCUUGGGAAAAUGAGAAGACUAUGCAAGAAUUGAAAGAGAAACUUGAUGAAAAGGGAAGAGUAAUUACAUCCCUAACUCGGGUGCAGAAGUUUCAUCAGAGGGAAAUUUCAGGUUUGAUGAAGGAACUUGAGUCAGAGAUUUCUUCCUUCAAUAUUAAGUUGGAUGAGAUAUGCUCUGAUAAGAAGAAAUCAGAACAGGUAGUGGAGAACAAGAAAUUCCAAGAUCAGGUUUCAAGAUUUGAAGAGAAAGUGAAAGAGAUGGAUAAAGAGAUCAAUGAACUGGUAAAUAAUGGAGUUGAUCAGGUUGUUAUUGAAGAAGAUGACAUGUGUAAAAUAAAGGGAUUGAUAGUGCAGGUGAACCAUCUGAAUCUAAAUGUGGAUUGUUUGGUUGAUGCUCAGAAAAGUGAUUCUGAGAAACAAAAGGUAUUUCAUAGUAAUAAUAAUAAUAAUAACAAUAACAACGGCUUUGCAAUGCAUGAGAACUUGCUGGAUCAGGUGAACAAAAUGAAGCGUGAUCUGGGGUUUAUGAGAAAGAAGAACACAGAACUUGAGUCAAAUAUCAAGAAGAAAUCCCGGGAAUGUUCUGAAUUCUUGUCACAGAUAGCUGAACUCACGAAAGAAGUAGCAAAAAAGGCGCAAGAAUUUCAGAAAAUGCAGAAAGAGAAAGAGGAUUCACUAGUGAGAGUGAAGAGCCUUGAAUUAGAAGCACGGAAUUCAAGCAGCCAUAGUAGUGAAAGAGAGAAGCUAAUCGCGAGAAAAGAACAAGAAAAGUUUCAGUUAACACAGGAAAUUGAGGGAUUACAAGGGAAGAUUGUGAAGAUGGAGAAGAUGUUGAAAGAAAGAGAAGAUCAAUUCACUGCACUACAAAAGAGACUUGAGAAUGGAAACGAUGAUAAUAGUUCUGCUCAGAUCAUGGCUUUGAUGGCUCCGAUUAACCACAUUGAACAAGAGCUUGAAUUAAAGAAUGAAUCUGAAAUACAGAUUAAGAUUAAGAACAAUGAUAUCAGUAUGUUAACUGAAGAAAAGGAGUCACUUCAAGGGAGGAUAUCAGUAUUAGAGAAGAAGCUGGAAGAUAAAGAAGACGAGUUGUUACAUUUGAAGAAUGAAAUGUCUACUCAAAUAGUAAGUUUGAGUAAAGAAGUAACCCAUCUGAAGCAAGAAAAGGAUAUGAGAAGGAAGCUUGAUGUCGACGAACAGAUAAGUUUGCGAGAGAGAGAGAUUGUUGAGUUAGUGGAAGAGAAAGAAAGCCUGCAAAUGAAGAUUUUGGAGCUGGAAAUAACAUUGACAGAUAAAGAAGACCAAAUUGCUGAUGUUCAGAGAAGGAAUCGAGUUGGGGAGAAUGAGGUAAGUCAUUUACAGGGAGAAUUGUCAGAUGAAAGGAAAAAGUUUUCAGAAAGACUAUUUCAGCUGGAAAAUCAGAAUGAUGAACUGAGUUUUAAGGUUUCAGAUCAGCAAUUUAUGCUAAAACAGCAAGAAGAUACGAUCAACAAAUUAAGGGGGGACUGUAAAUUGGUGAAAGGGAGAUUCAUUCAGGCUACAGAAAGGAAGAUGGGUGAAGUUGCAGAAGAAUUCAGGAAGAAUUUCGAGGAUCAGCUUCGUAUGUUAAGUAGAAGGAUAAGAGUUGCAGAACAGCUUCAUGCUGAGAAUAAAGAUCACUGUAAGAAAAUGCAGGAACAUUGUCAGCAACAACAUCCAGGUCUAGAGAAAAGACUUGCUCAUCAAGUUAUUUCAUCUGGGAAAACUGAGAUACAGACAGUUUUUAAAGCAGUUGAUGAAAUGAUGAAGGGAAUGGAGAGUUUGGUGAUCAAUGUUGAGAAAAAGGAAGGGAGUUUCUUAGAAAGAUUGUCUAGUGUGUGUAAUGAGAUUCAGGUUGCAAAGAACAAGAUAAAACCAUUGAAAAAUGGCGAGUUUCAAGGGUCGCCAUUUGCGUUUACAUUGGAUGAGAAAGAGCAGGAUAAAAUGAUGAAGGAGAAAGUAAGGAGGUUAGAGGCAAAGGUGAAUAAAGAGAAAGGUGAUAAGUCGAAGUUGAUGAGAGGAAUGUAUGAAAUGCAGAAGAAGGUGGCGGAUUUGGAGAAGGCGGUUGUAGAGAAGGAUGAAGGGUUGUUGAGAUUAGGAAAUGAGAAAGUAGAGGCUAUAAGGCAGUUGUGUAUUUGGGUUGAUUAUAGACAAAGCUGUUUUGAUCAACUUAAGAAAGUCAUGUUGGUGAAGAAGACUAAAGGUUAAAGGAAGAGCUUAAAUUACAUGAUUUAAUUUCUUUCUUAAUUAACCUCCCCUUUUUUUGAAGCAUUCUUUAGCCAAUUAAUACAUGAAUUUUGUACAAUUUAAGCCCUAAAAUAGAUAUGUUAUGUACAAGUAUAAUACUAAUAUAUACUCCCUCCGUCCCAUAAUAUAGUGCCCGUUUGACCAAAAUCACGGUUAUUAAGGUAAAGGAUAACAUUGAUAAUAAAAACAAUAAUGAUUUGUACUUUCAAGAUAAAGUACAUGUUAGUUGGCAAAAAUGGAGAGAUAAAUUAUAGAUUAAAGGUGUGUACAUAAUAAAUAGGCCUAAAAAGGACAAAAAUCAAGCACAUGGGUUGAAUAAAAGUCAAAAAGUACAAUUUUCAAAGUAAAAAUUAAUGGUUUAAAAUAGAAAUAGGCACAUCAUUUAGGGACACCAUUUUAGGAAAACAGGCACUAUAUUAUGGGACGGAGGGAGUACUAUAAUGUGA